GGCCUCUGGAGCCUGGAUCCGCGCGCCAGAGCUUGUUAGCCGCAGUGCGAGCGGAGCAAGGAGGGGGCGCCAUGGUACUGUUGCACGUGCUGUUCGAGCACGCCGUCGGCUACGCGCUGCUGGCACUGAAGGAGGUGGAGGAGAUCAGUCUGCUGCUGCCGCAGGUGGAGGAGUCCGUGCUCAACCUGGGCAAAUUCCACAACAUCGUUCGUCUAGUGGCCUUUUGUCCCUUUGCCUCAUCUCAGGUUGCCUUGGAAAAUGCCAAUGCAGUGUCUGAGGGUGUUGUUCAUGAGGACCUGCGUCUGCUCUUGGAGACCCAUCUGCCAUCCAAAAAGAAGAAAGUACUCUUGGGGGUUGGGGAUCCCAAGAUCGGUGCUGCAAUACAAGAGGAGUUAGGGUACAACUGCCAGACUGGAGGCGUGAUAGCUGAGAUCCUGCGAGGAGUUCGUCUGCACUUCCAUAAUCUGGUGAAGGGUCUGACUGAUCUGUCAGCUUGCAAAGCCCAACUAGGGCUGGGACACAGCUAUUCUCGUGCCAAAGUUAAGUUUAAUGUGAACCGGGUGGACAAUAUGAUCAUCCAGUCCAUUAGUCUCCUGGAUCAGCUGGAUAAAGACAUCAAUACCUUCUCUAUGCGUGUCAGGGAGUGGUAUGGGUAUCACUUUCCGGAACUGGUGAAGAUCAUCAAUGACAAUGCCACGUAUUGCCGUGUUGCCCAGUUUAUUGGAAACCGAAGGGAGCUGAAUGAGGAAAAGCUGGAGAAGCUGGAGGAAUUAACGAUGGAUGGAGCCAAAGCUAAGGCUAUUCUAGAUGCCUCACGGUCCUCCAUGGGUAUGGACAUAUCUGCCAUUGACUUGAUAAACAUUGAGAGCUUCUCCAGCCGCGUGGUGUCUUUGUCAGAGUACCGCCAGAGCCUCCACACUUACCUACGCUCCAAGAUGAGCCAAGUAGCCCCCAGCCUGUCAGCCUUAAUUGGAGAAGCGGUAGGUGCACGUCUCAUCGCUCAUGCUGGCAGCCUCACCAACCUGGCCAAGUAUCCAGCAUCCACAGUGCAGAUCCUUGGGGCUGAAAAGGCCCUGUUCAGAGCCCUGAAGACAAGGGGUAACACACCAAAAUAUGGACUCAUUUUCCACUCCACCUUCAUUGGCCGAGCAGCUGCCAAGAACAAAGGCCGAAUCUCCCGAUACCUGGCAAACAAAUGCAAGAAGCUUCGGGAACAAGUUGAGGAGCGGCUGUCCUUCUAUGAGACUGGAGAGAUUCCACGAAAGAAUCUGGAUGUCAUGAAGGAAGCAAUGGUUCAGGCAGAGGAAGCGGCUGCUGAGAUCACUAGGAAACUGGAGAAACAGGAGAAGAAACGCUUGAAGAAGGAAAAGAAACGACUGGCUGCACUUGCCUUGGCUUCUUCAGAAAACAGCAGUAGCACUCAGGAGGAGUGUGAGGAUACAGUGGAAAAACCCAAAAAGAAGAAAAAGCAAAAGCCCCAGGAGGUUCCUCAGGAGAACGGAAUGGAAGACCACCCAUCUAUCCCUGUAUCUAAACCCAAGAAAAAGAAAUCUUUUUCCAAGGAGGAGUUGGUUAGUAGUGAUCUUGAAGAGGCCACUGGCAUUGUAAAUCCUCCCAAGAAGAAGAAAGCUUCACCCAAGGAGGAAACAGUAGUUAGUAAUCCUGAAGAGGCAGGCAACAAGAGCGUGUCUAAGAAAAAGAGGAAAUUCUCCUCUAAGGAGGAGGUGGUCAGCAGUGGGCCGGAAGAGGCUGUGGGCAUCAAGAGCGGCUCCAAGAAGAAGAAAAAGUUCCACAAAGCUCCCCAGGAAGAUUAGAAUGGACAUUCCCUGUGAGGGAGGGGUAUCCCAUACCCCACAGCGACAUUUCCCAUCCUGUGUCCCAUACCUCAAUAAAAACAAAUUCACAAA